AUGGACCAAGUAACCGUGGGUGAUGCCGUGCGUGAGGUGCUGCCUUCCCAACGCGACGCCGAGUUCGUGCUCAUGUCCCUACGCCCCGACGACACUCUCGCUAUCGCCCUACGCAAGCUGCAAGGCUUAAAGAUCUCGGGGGCGCCCGUCCUGGAGGACCACUCGGCCCGCUCUCUCCGCUCAGCGAGGAUGGUGGACCUCAUGGACCUGGCCCUCGCCAUCGUGGAGAGCGCCGGCCGUCCCGAGGUGUUCAACACCCCCGUGCGCCUCAUCGCCGGCAGCGCAAAGGAGGGAGGAGCAGCAGGCCUGCCCUUCAUCUACAACGACGCCCCAUUCGUGGAAGGCGUACGUGCGCUCAAGCAGUCUCGCGCUCGACGCCUCCUCGUGCUCGACCAGGCCACCGAUGCCCCCCUCGCCCUCCUCUCGCAAUCGAGCGUGGUGUCGUGGGCGCUACGCCAUAUCAAGCACCUCCCCGCCGACUUGAUGGCGAAGCCCGUGAGUCAGCUUGAGUGUGGCUCCCGCGUGGUGACCGUCAAGCGCGACGAGCCCAUGCCCGACGCCCUGCGGCGCUUCGUUGGUGAGGACAAGAGCGGCGUCGCCGUGGUCGACGACCGCGGGCGCGUCGUGGCCAACCUCUCCCUCGCCGACCUGCGCUGCCUCACACCCGAGAACGCGGCCGAGCUGCUGCGCCUCAACGUGGGCGCCUUCCUCAGCGCUACGCAGGAGCUGCCCAAGGACCCGGUGACGUGCAGGCCCAGCGCCACCCUCACGGAGGCCCUGCACCUUCUCCACAGCCACCGCGUGUACGUGACCGACGAGCAGGGCCUGCCCGUGGGGGUCUUCUCCACCACCGACGCCGUGGCCAACUUGUGCCCGUGA